AUGGCAGAGGAAUAAGUUGUCACUGUGAAAUUCGCCAAUUAGCCAAAACUUUUCGGAAAGUGGGACUACGAUGAAGUCUAAGUAACAGACCAAUGUUUCAAAGACUAUAUUGCAGUUCAAACAUCUAAAUCAAGAGUCUUCGUUCCACACACUGCUGGAAGAUAUUAGAGAAAGAAGUUUAGAAAGGCUCAAUGUCCAAUUGUUGAGAGAUUGGCUGGUGCUCUUAUGUUCCAUGGUCGUAACACUGGUAAGAAGGUGAAGGCUGUCGCUAUUAUCAGACAUGCUUUUGAAAUCGUUCACUUGCUCACAGGAAAGAAUCCUCUUGCAGUUUUAUCAUUGGCUGUCCAAAGAGGAGGAGCAAGAGAAGAUUUCACCAAAGUCGGAACAGGGGGUGUGGCUAAACAAUAGGCCGUUGAUGUUGCUCCAAUCAGAAGAGUCAAUGAAGCUGUUCACAAUUUGGCUAAGGGAGUUAGAGAUUCAGUCUUUAAGAAGAUGAAGACCAUUGCAGAAGCACUUGCUGACGAGCUUAUUGCAGCUGCCAACGAAGAUGGACAAAAAUCAUACACAAUCAAGAAGAGAGACGAACUUGAAAAAGUCGCAAAAACAAAUCGUUGAUUUAUUUUUAGUAUAAUAUAUUAUCUAUAUUUAAUAUACA